GACUGGAUUUUCCUAUAUAAGAACACCUUCCUCGUGUCAGCUUCAUUCCUUCUGUAUCACAAGUUCAGAAAUGGCAGCUAAGUUGGUCGUAGUGCUCGCAGCCUUAGUGGCCAUGGCCCACAGCUCCGUGGUGCCAGUAGCCCGAGCAGACGCCGACUACACGAGCUUCGCGUACAACGUGGCCGACCCCAACACCGGCGACUACAAGAGCCAGGUGGAGACCCGCGUCGGUGGCACCGUGCAGGGACAGUACUCGCUGCUCGACGCUGAUGGCACCAAGCGCACUGUUGACUACGCCGCCGAUGAUAUCAAUGGCUUCAACGCUGUCGUACGCAAGGACCCCGCUGUUGUCGCUGCGCCCGUAGUAGCCGCCGCACCCGCUGUGGUCGCUGCCCGCACUGUCGCCGCUCCCGUGGUUGCCGCUCCUUCCGUGAUCGCCGCUCGUACAUACGCUGCUCCCUCUGUGUAUGCUCCUUCCUUAUACUCUGCUCCCUUGUCCUACGCUUCUCCAAUCUCAUAUUACUAAAUAGAAUAUGGUUACGACCAUAUUCUAUGCUGUAAAUACUGUUGUACCUAUAGUUACGAAUAAUUUAAAAAUAAAGUGAAACUACCAGAAACUA